AAAAAAAAAUAAUUAGAAUUUUGCCAACAAAACGAAUUGUAUAUAAACUUGGAAUCGCCAACGAAUUGUCAUCAGUUCAAUACGUUCUGCAAACAAUCACUCAACAAACCAAACAAAAUGUUCAAAUUCUUCGCUUUGUGCUUGAUGGCUGUUGUUGCCUUGGCUUCUGCUAAACCCGGCGUAGUUGCUCCCUUGGCCUACUCCGCUCCCUAUGUAGCUGCUGCCCCAUACACAGCUGCUUACACUGCUGCCUAUGCUGCUCCCUACACCGCCGCUUAUACCGCUCCCUACUACUCUGCCGCCUACACCGCUCCCUAUGUUGCCGCUCCUUAUGCCAGCGCCUACACUUAUCCCUACGCCGCCUCCUACUUGUUGCGCAAAUAGACUGAUGUCAAAGGAUUUUAGGAAUUGAACCAAAAUUGUUUUUGUUUCAUUUGUUGACGAUUGAAAA